AUGUCAGUGACCCUGAGCAAGGAUAACGUCAAUGAGUUCAUAACAACAGACCCUGACUCAGUUCCCGAGUGGUGGAUGUGCCGUAAGGCUAAGAGACAAGUAAGGGAGUACUCAUCCGAGGCAGCGGCAGAGGUGACACUCCCAUUCGCAAUAAGCCUCGGUCGUGGUUACAAGUUCGAUUGGAGGGUGUAUGUGGCGAAUCACCGCUGGUGUGAGGAGCUGCUAGCUUUUGGAGGUAUAGUGAAGGCGACGGCAAGCCGGCAUGAGGUCAACCAUCACUACCAUUUCUACCUGCAUUGUGGGAAUGGUGACAAGUUGUUGCUGACUGAGAAUACACUGAGGAGGUACGACACGAAGGGAGAGGUACAUUGGAUGAGGCAGAGCCAAAGAGCAGUGUUGAAGGCGUUUGAUGAGGCCCUUGGCGUGCUGAAGGGAGAGGGAUGGCAGUUGACCGAGAUGGACGGGUGGUAUUUCACCGGCAAUUUCAAUGCUACCAUCAGAGACAUGCUCGCUGAGUUCUUCAGCCAUGCUGUGUUUGGGGUGGCCCUUGGGGACCCUACCUCGUCUGAAUGGAUAAAGGUCCUCGAGGACCCUGCUGUUAUCAGCAUACGAGAAGACCCCAACAUGUUAACUGUACUGGACAACUACGACUUGCGGUCUCGAUGGGUACGUUAUGUUCGAGAAAACUUUCGCUCGUUGGAGCUGACCAAAGCAGGAGGGAAAAACCUCUCUUGGUUGAAGCAAGAAUAUGAGAGCACCCAUCGGCCCCAGGGCUCGGCGGGAACGGUGUCACUCAAAGUACGGCGAUCGGCCCUUCUUUACCCAUCUCCUCAGCUGGGGUGCAGUAGAGAGGCCACAGAGUUGCCCUCAGGGGCUGGUGUCUCCCUCGAUUUGAUCAAGACUGAUGGUAGGUUGGUGGCAUGCGAUUCUGGUGCCUUCUUCCUGCGAGUUGAUACGGGUGGUAAGUCGGGGUAUCUAAGAGUGAGCGACGCUCCCUAUGAUGAGGACCCUAUACUGCUCGCAACUACCGAUGUGCUACCGUGCCGCUUUGUAGCGAGGAGGUUUACGGUAGAAGAACUUGGAGGCAAGUUGUCAUUAAGACAGAGGAGGCCUGUUGAUGGGACUAAACCUCCUGUACGAGAGCUCUGCAGUGUUCAGCAGCCUCCUGUACGGGUACCACAACAGACUGGGUCUGGUCAGCAGCCUCCCGUACGGGUACCACAACAGACUGGGUCUGGUCAGCAGCCUCCUGUACGGGUACCACAACAGACUGGGUCUGGUCAGCAGCCUCCUGUACGGGUACCACAACAGACUGGGUCUGGUCAGCAGCCUCCUGUACGGGUACCACAACAGACUGGGUCUGGUCAGCAGCCUCCUGUACGAGUACCACAGCAGACUGGGUCUGGUCAAGAACCUCAUGUACGGGUACCACAACAGACUGGGUCUGGUCAAGAACCUCAUGUACGAGUACCACAGCAGACUGGGUCUGGUCAAGAACCUCAUGUAUUGGUACCACAGCAGGCUGGGUCUGAUCAAGAACCUCAUGUAUUGGUACCACAGCAGACUGGGUCUGAUCAGCAGCCUCCUGUACGGGUACCACAACAGACUGGGUCUGGUCAGCAGCCUCCUGUACGGGUACCACAACAGACUGGGUCUGGUCAAGAACCUCCUGUACGAGUACCACAGCAGACUGGGUCUGGUCAAGAACCUCAUGUACGGGUACCACAACAGACUGGGUCUGGUCAAGAACCUCAUGUAUUGGUACCACAGCAGAGUGGGUCUGGUCAGCAGCCUCCUGCACAGCAGACUGGGUCUGGUCAGCAGCCUCCUGUACGGGUACCACAACAGACUGGGUCUGUUCAAGAACCAAACCACUCCGAAUGGAAAAUACAACCAAAUUGGUCAAUCCGCGCGAAAGCAGCAGAGGAAGAGGAAGAAAAGAGGCGCGGUGCACAGUCGACUCCCAUCCCUCUCAGUAUGGACGAUGCUACGGACUUGUGUAUGGAUGAGAUUGCUGUGUAUCGAGCGGACGAUGGGGUUGAAGUUCUACGUCAUGGAAGGCACUGGAAGGUGUCCUCCAAGCCGGAAUACCGUCGGGGCAUGGUGCCUCCUUGGAGGGGACUCGAGAUCGUUCUUGGUGAUGGUCAAAGGCACUUUGGAUGCAAGAAGAUCACAAUGCGUAUCAUCGAGUUGGAGAGGAUUCUGAGUCUGGGAUUGACCGAGUGUGACGACGACAACUGCUUGUGUCGAGUGAAGUACCCUGGGGUGGUCAAUGAUAUGACGGGCGACAGGUGCCGCGAUUCUACAGGCUUCAGCAGCACGGGGAAGCACUGGGAUCGUGGGUGUCUAGUUCGAGAGACAGCCUGUCGGAUGAGAGCUGGUGAUGUGGUGACUAUCCAUCUGCAGAUGGACGGGUCUGGGUUAUUCUUCAGUGUUCUCGAAGUCAUCGUGAACGGCAAACUCUGUCCAGUCGCGCUUGAGGCCAAGAGAUGCGGCAGGUUCAUCAUUAAGGGGAGCGGGCAAUGGGUAGUUGACCUUCUCCUAGGAGCUCACGAAUUUGGUACACCCAACUAUUCGGAUCCAUUGACGGCUGUGACGACUCCCUCCGUGGGACUUCAUGGAAGUACGACGCCCUUGAGUGACGUUUGCAGGUGACGUCAACCUUAAAUCUGUGCAGUAUCACGAGCUUGGUGUAUCAUUCGACUUGGAUUGUUAGAUCGUAUUAUCGUGAAGCAUGUCAUUGGCAUGCCAAAGUUGAUUCAUGGAAAUGUUCAAAUAUCUUCACCCAUAAUGUG